AUGUUUUCUCUAUGCGUCAUUUUAUUUUUUGCAAUUCCAGGUGUUUCAUCAGAAGUUGAAAUAGGUAAUCAAUAUGAUCUUCAAACAUUAUAUAUAUCUACAAUUUUCAGCUUGUAACAGAAACAAUAAUCUAUCCCCAGAAAAAAAUUUGAGUGAGUCAAUCAGUGUUCCAACUGGCUGGAAUACUUCAUUAUCACCUCCAACUUAUUUAUCGAAUCAAGAUUGUCGUUGGGAUGUUCAAGUUCCCCAGGGAUAUUAUGCGUAUGUUAUUAUUAAUAGUCAAAUUGUGACUCCAUCAACAUUGAAAGUUGUUUAUCAAAAUGGUGUGAAUGAAGAUGUUCCACAAUCGGGUCAUGCAGAACCUUAUUUCAUGAUAGCUCCAAGUUUUAGUAUUAUACUAUCUGUAUCUAAUUCGACUGUAAAUUUAGGAUUUGUUAUUACUUAUGCUAAAAGUAAGUGUAAUUUUUUGAAACAUUGGUUAUGAAAUAUUUGUUUUCAGUGCCCGAGGUACAGAUGGAACAAUACAAUCUAUCAUCUUCAGCAAAUCCGGUUGUGUUAGCAAAUUUGAAUUCAACUCUAUUCACAUCGUCUGAUAGAGUUUCGCUAAUUGCAGCUGACACACAAUGGGCUGAUUUUGCCUCAUUUCUUCGGUGUUUCAUUGUUUUCGAUGGUCCAGAUACAAAUUCAACAUUGAUCGGGAACUUGAGACAAUUAGUCGAUAGCUAUAAUCAAUUUGUUUCAACUAAUAGCCAUAUGAGAAUUGUCAAUCUUUUUGCUGGCGUCGACUUGGGGACUAUGAUUGUGGCACAAAGUUAUUCCAGUUGGUUUUCUUGUAAAGGAAAUAUUUUUGAUAGUUAUUCAUUCAGAUGUUAAAAAUUUCAAUCAAUAUCGGUUAACAUCGUGCAGAAGCACUUCGUGUAAUGUUCAACUUGUUGCACAUGAAGGAACUUCAGCAGUUGUUACAAUUUCUAAUAACGAUAGAUAUCUAACAGGUUGCAGUUUAGCCGAAAAUUCAAAGUUGAAAAUAUAUUACGGAAAUAUAAAAGAUGAAAAUAUUGUUUAUACUUACAAGUAAGUGUUACUAAUAUUAAUGAGGUAUAUCAGAAAAAAAUUUAUUUCAGUUCAAAUAGCAGCGGUAUCCCACAAAAGUUGAAUAACUAUAUAACAACUUUCGCUUUAGAUUCAGGAUCUAGCCUUUUGAAAAUCUCAAGUUUUUCGCAAUCCGUCGAUUGGAAUUUGUCAUACGACAAAAGACAAGGCUUUAUCUCUUCUCCGAAAUUCAAUGAAUUAUCAACAAAUCAAGAUGUGACAGAAACAUUUGAUGGAAAUGAUUAUUAUAAUUAUACCACUAAAGUUAUCAACCACGGAAUAAUUGGAAAAGCAACGUUGCAAAUAACAACUUACGACAGCUCAAACAAAGUUGUCGAUGACAAAAUAUAUUCAACAGGCAAAUUGCCAUCCAGUGAUACUACUAUUCAACCAGGAAAAUCGUUCAGUAUUAUUUAUAAAUCAAAUGGAGAAAAUACAACAGGAGUUCUUGUCGAUUUCUCUAUUUCUACAACUGAAUCAUCUGCCAUGACAUGUUUUGUAUGGUUAUCAUUUGUUAUAACUCUAUUGCAUAUUUGA